AUGGAUUCAAAACAAGGAAAUGAAAAUGCGGCUAAGGUAAACAGAAGAUUACUAUACAACGCUGUAGUAUCCCGUAACAUAGAACAGGUUAAGAUUCUAAUAAAUAGAGGAGUUUCUUUAAAUACUAUAUUAGACGGUGACAUUACACCGUUAUGUUUAGCUAUUAAAACCGAUAACAUUGAACUAUCAAAAUAUCUGUUAGACAAAGGAGCAGAUAUUAAUUAUAGCUUCGGUGGCAAAAUGCCUUUGCAUUUAGCAAUUACUUAUAGUAGUUUUGAUUUUGUCAAAUAUUUAGUAGAUAAAAGUGCCAACAUCAAUGCUAUUAUUAGUAAAAAAACUCCAUUGCACGUAGCUAUUUCAGAAGGAAACGAUGAAAUUAUUAAAUAUCUAUUGGAUAAAGGUGCUAAUAUAAAUCCUAUUUGUAUUAAUUGUGCUAUCAAAUCACCAUUACAUCUUGCUGUGCGUCUUCGAAAUUUGAAUAUUAUCAAAUAUCUGAUAGAUAGAGGCGCUAAUAUUAAUUUUGCUUCUGAAAAUAAAACUCCUAUACAUUUAGCAGUGGAGCGUAAUAAUAUAAAAUUACUAAAACAAUUGCUAUCUAAGGGCGCUAGUUUAAACUUCGUUGAUAACAAUCAAUCACCAUUGCAUUUAGCAAUUAACAAUAAUAAUCAAAAUAGUAAAGCUUUUAUUAAACAAGCGUCUCUUCGUAAUAAUAACAACAAGAUAGUUAAAUUGUUGUUAAAGAAUGGUGCUGACAUUGAUGCCUUUUGCGACAACAAAACGUCACUAAAUUUAGCAAUCAUUCACAAAAACUUAAAAUCAGUUCGAGAUUUGGUUCACAGAGGCGCUAAUGUGAAUCUUAUUUCUAAUGAGAAUGGUGCUGAUCUGACUGCUAUUUGUGACCGUGAAAUUCUACUUGGUGUGGCCGCUUGUAGAAACCCGUUCGAAAUAGCUCAAUAUUUGUUAGAAAAACUUCUACCAGUGACAAAAGAUCGUUUAUUCCUGAGGCCGCUGAUCAUUACAUGUUGCAAGCAGUCAGAAGCUUGUCAAAUAACCAUACGGAUGUGA